AUGUGGUCCAUUGUGCCUGAAGAGCUACACCUAGCUGCCUUGAGAUGGUUGAUGCUGAAGAGCUACACCAAGCUGUUGAUUAACCUGGAGUUUGUUGAUGGUAUUGUCCGUUGGUAUUGUCCAACGUUCUGCCAGAAGAGCUACACCAAGCUGUUGAUUAACCUGGAAGUGGUUGAUGUUGGUAUUGUCCAACGUUCUGCCAGAAGAGCUAUUAACCUGGAACCAACGUUCUGCCAGAAGCUGUUGAUUAACCUGGAAGUGGUUGAUGUUGGUAAAAUGAGUGCAAUCGGAUCUCUGUCCUUGGGUAAAUCAACAACCAUGAUCACUCACGGUUUGAUUGUCGCGUUGCUCGUCACCCUUGCAGCGGGUGAAGUUCAGGACAGUAAGUUCCUCAACUCCCCAUUCCUCAAGGAGAACUCUCGGCUGAAGAGACAAGCAUAUUACGGAUCAAGCUACUACUACUCCCCCUCGUCUAGCUACUAUGGUUACUCAAGCUACUACUACUCCCCCUCGUCUAGUUACUAUGGUUACUCAAGCUACUACUCCUCACCAUCGUCCAGCUACUAUGGUUACUCAAGCUACUACUAUUCCCCAUCUUCCAGUUACUAUGGUUACUCAAGCUACUACUCCUCACCAUCGCCCAGCUACUAUGGUUACUCAAGCUACUACUAUUCCCCAUCUUCCAGUUACUAUGGUUACUCAAGCUACUACUCCUCACCAUCGCCCAGCUACUAUGGUUACUCAAGCUACUACUAUUCCCCAUCUUCCAGUUACUAUGGUUACUCAAGCUACUACUCCUCCCCAUCGUCUAGUUACUAUGGUUACUCAAGCUACUACUACUCACCAUCGUCCAGCUACUAUGGUUACUCAAGCUACUACUAUUCCCCAUCUUCUAGCUACUAUGGUUACUCAAGCUACUACUACUCACCAUUGUCUAGCUACUAUGGUUACUCAAGCUACUACUACUCCCCCUCGUCUAGUUACUAUGGUUACUCAAGCUACUACUCCUCACCAUCGCCCAGCUACUAUGGUUACUCAAGCUACUACUAUUCCCAUCUUCUAGCUACUAUGGUUACUCAAGCUACUACUACUCCCCCUCCUGACGAGAAGGUUUUGAUACGCAACUACGCCAACGGUAUCGAGAACGAGGCUGUGGAGGCCCAGAAUGCUGCUGCCGAAACUGUGGCCGAAAUCCAACAAGUCAUCCAGAUCGUGCAGAAUGAGAUCAUGUAA